GGUCCAACCCUCAGGUUCCAGUAAAACCCUGCGGUCCUGCCGCCUUGCGGUACUCGUUGCUGCCUCUCCACCCUCACUCAAGUUCUUCGGCGAGAUAGCGCCUGAAGACAUGGCUGCCCAGUGUGUCACAAAGGUGGAACUAAAUGUUUCCUGUAACAACCUUUUGGAUGCAGAUGUAACAUCAAAGUCGGACCCUUUAUGUGUAUUGUUUUUGAACACCAGUGGCCAACAGUGGUAUGAGGUUGAACGGACAGAAAGGAUUAAGAAUUCUUUGAAUCCCAAAUUUUCUAAGACAUUUGUUAUUGACUACUACUUUGAAGUGGUUCAGAAGUUGAAGUUUGGAAUCUAUGACAUCGACAACAAAACUAUCGAGCUGAGUGAUGAUGACUUCUUGGGAGAAUGUGAAGUCACUCUUGGACAAAUUGUUUCCAGUAAGAAACUAACUCGACCACUGGUGCUCAAAAAUGGCAAACCUGCAGGGAAAGGGAGUAUUACGAUUUUAGCAGAAGAAAUAAAAGAUAACAGAGUGGUAUUGUUUGAAAUGGAAGCCAGAAAACUGGAUAAUAAGGAUCUGUUUGGGAAGUCAGAUCCAUACUUGGAGUUUCACAAGCAGACAUCAGAUGGCCACUGGCUGAUGGUUCACCGAACAGAGGUUAUAAAAAACAACCUGAAUCCCGUAUGGAAGCCUUUUAAAAUCUCUCUGAACUCUCUGUGCUAUGGAGAUAUGGACAAAACCAUUAAGGUGGAAUGUUAUGAUUAUGACAAUGAUGGAUCACAUGAUCUCAUUGGAACAUUUCAAACCACCAUGACAAAACUCAAAGAAGCCUCUAGAAACUCACCUGUUGAAUAUGAAUGCAUAAAUGAAAAAAAGAGACAGAAGAAAAAAAGCUACAAGAAUUCGGGUGUUAUCAGUGUGAAGCAUUGUGAGAUUACCGUAGAAUGCACAUUUCUUGACUACAUCAUGGGAGGAUGCCAGCUGAAUUUUACUGUGGGAGUGGACUUCACCGGCUCCAAUGGUGACCCCAGUUCUCCAGACUCCCUGCAUUACAUCAGCCCUAAUGGUGUUAAUGAGUAUCUGACUGCCAUCUGGUCUGUGGGAUUGGUAAUUCAAGAUUAUGAUGCUGAUAAAAUGUUUCCAGCUUUUGGCUUUGGAGCUCAGGUGCCCCCUCAGUGGCAGGUGUCUCAUGAAUUCCCAAUGAACUUUAACCCCUCAAACCCCUAUUGUAAUGGAAUUCAAGGCAUUAUAGAGGCUUAUCGGACCUGUCUUCCUCAGAUAAGACUCUAUGGACCAACUAAUUUUUCUCCAAUUAUAAAUCACGUGGCCAGGUUUGCAGCUGCAGCUACACAACAGCAGACUGCUUCUCAAUACUUUGUGCUCUUGAUCAUCACGGAUGGCGUGAUCACAGACCUUGAUGAAACCAGACAGGCAAUUGUCAAUGCGGCCAAGCUGCCCAUGUCUAUCAUCAUUGUGGGAGUUGGCGGAGCUGACUUCAGUGCCAUGGAGUUUCUAGACGGUGAUGGUGGAAGUCUCCGCGCCCCAUCAGGCGAGGUGGCCAUAAGAGAUAUUGUACAGUUUGUGCCUUUCAGACAGUUCCAGAAUGCUCCAAAAGAAGCACUUGCUCAGUGUGUCUUGGCAGAGGUUCCCCAGCAGGUGGUGGGCUACUUCAAUACAUACAAACUCCUUCCUCCCAAAAACCCAGCUGGGAAGUAGAAGGAAGGAGCCAGGACAGCUACAGGAUGUCAAAAGCUGUGUGGAGCAAUGCCAUCCCUUACACAGAAUGAUGGAUCUGCCAUCUGCGCUUUUUACCCCUGGGGUAUCUGCUGUAAACCCAGCUUCUUGUGUAUAUUCAUCUGUUAAAGAACACAUUUUAUACUUUUUGAAGAGGACAAUAGCAAGUCCGUUCUGCUCAGUGAAUUCAAUGAUUGUUUGUCAUUUAUAGAAUUACAAGAGUGCUGUUUGGAAUUGACUUUAAUGUGGGAAAGUGAGGCUUGUUGGUCUGUUGUUUACUUUCUGUAAUGAAAUGCUAUUUUUAAAUGUUACCCAUGGAGUGAGUGAGGAUUACAGGAUGAAGUGGAAUACAGGUUGCUAUAAUGUUGAUAGUAAACAUUUUGCAAGCCAUUGUCUAUACUGUAACUGAGAGAGCUCCUUAAGUCAGGUACUGAGUUUGUACCCAUGACUCUAUAUUCUGUCUCUUUCUGUGCUGCAGUGCUACAGUAUACAAAACUGUUUUCACAUGGUUGCUUAUGAAAACCAGUGGGCUUACUCCAUCUAAAAAUGUGGAGAGCCCCUUGUAGACAAGACAUUUUUAUUUGCCGUUUGAAAUCUUUUCACUGUGAACUCUUGCACAUAUAUGGCCUUUGCUUUACUGAGUAAACAAGACACUCAAACUUCUGUGGGCAUCAAAUGAUAGGUCAUCCCAGAGGCCACGUGAUUAGAUAGAUCAGCAUAUGUGACUGAGUGAGUAGGAUUGCUUCAUUCACUAAAGCAUUGAGGACCAAACAUUUAAGGUGAAACUUCAAACACAGUUGUAGGCCAGGCAUCGUGGCACAGCAUCCAAGCAUUUAGGAGGCAGAGGCAAGAGGCCAGCACAGGCCAACCUGCCUACAUAGUUACUUCCAGGUAGCUAACUACCUAAUGAGAAUGUGUUUCAGGAUAACAAC